CUCGUGGAUCGCCGAAUCAAUACCUCCUUUAUUAACGAUUCGCUGCCAUCCAAAAAGAAGAACCUAGACGAAAAGAAAACUAGACUCCCCCUCAGAUGCAACUAGAACACCUAGCUCAACUUUCGCUCUUCGUGCGGUGCAGCCUGGUUGCACAUUUGCACUCGGGGAUGAGGACGAGGAAGAAUGGCGCCCAUAUUAUACCUCCGCUACCUAGGUAUUCAAGCUUUCAACACGGUUUCGACCGCCGACAACCAAUAUACCCUCGGUCCCCGGUUCACUUAGGACACCCUCCAAUAAGUAGGAGCACCGACCGGCGGCUUUGUUUCCCUGUCGCCCACGGCAUCCCGAUUCCCAUAUCCUCCAUUGCUGUCAGACGUUGGCGGGGACCCAGACGCUGCGCAAGCCUCAGACGUUGCGGGAGACUCGGACGUUGCCCAAGACUCAGACAUUGCGCCAGACACAGGCGCUACGGGAGGCCAGGUUGGCCAGGUUGGCCAAGUUGGCAAAUGCGGCGAGGGAGACCAAUUAAUCCAAAAGCAUUCGCCACACAGCAUAUGCCAGCACGUCGCGCAUGCCCGCACGAAGUGCUGGUUGUCGGUGAAGCAAUGAUGGCACCUCCAAGUGACCCAGCAGCUCGACGUAGCAGAGCACGGGAAGUCCAGGGCGUCGGGCAGUUCUCGCCAAAUGGGUUCCGCUCUGUUUCCAAUUGUCCGUUCACAGCCUUCCGGGUAAAACCUGAGGUUACGGCCCCCAUCGCAGCGUAUGAUGACUUUGGAAAAGUGGUGUUGGCAGACUGGGCGCCAGAACUGAAUCCAAAUGCACAUUGCGUACUUUUCGAAAGUUUGGAGAUGGCAGUUGUACCCUCGGAGAAGAAGCGGGUUCGACUUGAAGUUGGAGACUUGAAGUGGCGCCGAUGGGCUGAUUGAAUGCGGAAGAUGAGGUGGUGAGUCGCCGGCGUCGACCCGUCGGGUCUUUGGAGGCAAAGCGUACGAGAGACCGAUACUUGGAUAAGGGUGUAAGGUAUCGCGUAUGUAUGUCCUAAUGGUCGGUUUAUGGUCUUGCGGCGGGAGAGCUGGAACUUCGCUAAGGAUAUCAUGUCGUAUGCCGGGAGCCGAUGGUUGGAAUUGGGCUGGAGAUUGUGUUUGGCAGUCACCUGGAAGUCGCAACAGCGUCGUCGGCCAUACCUUCCAAGUUGUCAGUCCCAAUUAAUUAUUACCCGUCUUAGGGAAGGGGCGAUUACGAUAGUGGCAUUCCAGGUUUGAGCAGAGGCACGAUCGUCAAAGCAUGCGGCGUCCACAGAUUUGUAUACGGUAUCAACUGAAAAAAGCCGAAGAGCAGGAUAGAGAGGAAGGAUGGCACCAGAAGUAGCUAGCUGUAGUGCGGAUAACGAUGACCUA